AUGUCCAAACUUCUAGCCGACUUCCAGCUCUUCCGCAAAGGCAACCCCAACAAGGUCAGCGCCGCCACUGAGCUCAAAGCCAAGGUGGUGCUUCUUUAUUUUGGCGCCAAAGCCAUCGAUCCUGAACUCAUCGACAAACUUAAGGCCAUGUACAAUGUUGGCAAACCGCUGGGAUUAGAAGUGGUCUACAUUUCACACGAUGUCAGUGAGGAUGAGCAACAACAGUUCUUGGCCGAUUGCCCGCCGUGGUUGUACACCAAGUAUGGGGAUCCGAAGUGCAAGUAAGUGGGGAUGGGGGUUUUUGGGGUUCUGUAUUACUGUAACUUUUUUUAAAAGUGACUUAUGUUUUUCAAAUUUUGGGUUUUAGUACAACUUCUUAUAACUUACAAAGUGAACACCUUUUCUUAAUUUAAAAAAAUUUUUUAUUUUUUAAAAAUGGCGAAAAAAUCCACAGGGGGACCAAGUUUAACUUUUUCAAAAAUUUUUUUUUAUAUUUUCAAAAUGAAAAUUAAUCAGAUUUCAAAAAAAUUUGUUAGGGUGUUAUACUAAAAAGCACAUUGGGUUUAAAUUCAAAAAAAAAUUUUUACAUUUUCUAACUUUAUCAUUUUUAGCGGCCUCUUCCAACGUUAUCAGCUGAAAGAAGUGCCGACAGUUGUGGUGAUUCAACCUGGAGGAACGCCAUUGGAAAACAAUGUUGUCAGUGACAUCAAGGUAGGUUUUGAACAUCAUUUUUAUAAUUUUAAAACUUUUUUUGGAAAAAAUAUUUUUAAAAUCAAAAAAAAAUGUUGUCGUUUUUGGUUAUGAAAAACAGUGUAUAUUGACGACAAGACUUUUUAAAUCGUGUAUUUUCAGAAGAAGGAUGCGGCUACUCUGGUCGGUGGAUGGAAGAAGAAGACUACGGAAUAG